GGUUACCAUUUGUGGCAGGCAAUCUACACAUGCAAUGCUGCUCUUGAUUGCUGAUGAUGUCGUCGGUACGGCAAACCCUGCCUGUAAAGGCUAACAAGCCAGGACAGGCAUGCGCACAUUGCCAUGCUCGUAAAAUCAAAUGCCACAUCACGCCCUUUACAGGUGAACCACUCGGGCCUUGUCCCAACUGUCAGAAGCUGGGUAUUGAAUGCAGGUCUGUUGUUAUGUCCCUAUUCUUGAACCACUCGCUGACUUAGCAGACCUCAUAUACGCAAGCG